UAUAGCAGGAAAAGGUGUGGGCAGGGGAGGAAGGAACGCCGUGCAGACGCAGUGGAGACAGUCUCUGCAGCAGGCGUCACCUCGGAGGUGGCCUGUGAAGAAUCAAGAGUUAACUGGGCCAAGAAGCAUACACAACACGUCUUACAGGUCUGCAGAAAACAAGGAACUUACAGAAAUGGUACUUUGGCAGCAGAAGUAGGACACAUCAGUCCAUGUCCACGGUAGUGCUCACAGUGUGCAAAGCACUGCGUGAUCCGCAGAGAUCAAAUAAACCGUGGCCUCUGCUCCCAGGCACAAAACGUAUUACCUAAAUAUAAUGCAAACUGCUCGGAAUACCAAGCGCAUUGAGAAGAAGGGAGAAGAAAUGUGAAUUUCACUCUGGUCCGAAGUACAAACAUCACUGGGGGAGCCUGGGGAGGGGCCAUGGUGCCAAGCCAAUUGUGGGGGACUCUGGAGAAGCCGCUUCUCUUCCUGUGUUGCACCUCCUUCCUCCUGGGGCUGGCUUUGCUGGGGAUACGGCCGGACAUCGCCCCUGUUGCUUAUUUCUUUCUCACCUUGGGUGGCUUCUUUUUGUUGGCCUGCCUCCUGGCCUGUGUUUUGGAAUGGGGGUCUCGAUCAGUGCAGACCGAGAGCCCAGGGGCCUCAAGCAAUGCACGGGACAAUGAAGCCUUUGAGGUGCCAACCUACGAAGAGGCCACAGUGUUGGAAUCACAGUGCCACCCCCCAGGGGUGGAUCAACCACCCUCCUACACCAGUGUUGUAAUCCCCCCAGAACUUGAGGUGAGACAGCCUAGCCAUCCAGAGGAGCCCAGGAGAGCCAGACUGGACAGGCGAGUGGGCUCAGAGGGGUCUGUGAUCUCAGGAAGCCCUGGAAGACCUCCAGUCAGCCUGCGGCUUCGGGGACCACGAGUUGCGUCCACUGUUCCUGAUCUGCAGAGCUUGUGGGCGCCCCCCAAAUUGGAACCUCUUACUCCACCCCCUGCCUACGAUGUCAGCUUUGGUCACCUCGAUGAUGAUGUUUUCUAUGGAAACAACUGGACACCCCCCUAAAGGACUUUCCCAGGAUAUGUCGUCUUUCUGCACCAGACCCACUCAUUCAUUCGAACAAUGCUUCCCAGUGCCUGUUAUGUGUCAGGAACUGCGUCUCCACCUGGAUGUCACAAAUGAUGACUUUAACCCAGAGGGGAGUGAGGCUAUGGUGAGCCCUUCCCAGUUUUACAGUGGCACACCCCAGGGAUGUAGGCGGCACAAUUUGAGUCUUCAGGCAAUAUUCAGUGACCUACCCCAUACCUGGUAUUUCCAGAGUUAGACUGAGGGUGAGAUGAGGAGAUUCCAGAGAAUCUAGUGAAGGAAGAAAAGAAACAAUAUCUGAGUGACAGCUCUGUUGCUUCUCUUCCAGGUGCUUUGCCUCUAUUAGAUCACAAAAAUGAGGUAUUAUUGUCCUCAUUUGAAAAACGAGGAUCCUAAGGGUCAGAAAAAAUUGAUAAUUUGCACAGGGGCACACUGCUAGUAAAUAACACACAAAUGUCUUGAAUUCUGCUCUUCUGAUCCCAUAGCCCUUGUGUUUUCAAUACAAGGCAACAGAAGCCAGUUCAUGCACACAUCUCUCAAUUUCUGUCUUGGUCAAUGGCUGGUGAGGGGUAGAAGACUUCGUGUAGACAGAAUGGGGGACCAGCUGUUGUCUGCAGACAGGGAGUGCUGAGUGGGACCAGGAGUGUGCCCAGCCUCCUAGAGGAGCAGAGCUGAUCAAAACUGUGAUGGCCCCUGCUCCAGAUGGGAAAUUCCUGCCCUGGGGGGCUAGACAGCAGUCCCCAGUGCAGGGUCCCAUCCUAUCUAGAAGCAGUGGAGUAAACUGCCCCAGGGGUAGGGACAUCUGAUUCUGAGGAUGGGUGGAUAUGAUGGUCAGAAUAGAGAAAACCCGAGGUCCUUGGCGAGGGGUGGUGGAGCAUCUAAGGAUCCCUCUUGCAUCGUCUGUUAUGAAGCACUGGAAACACCUGCACUGUCUGCAAUAGCUUCAGCCUCACCCCUGCGCCUGCCCCCGCUGGGUUUUACCCGAGGACCCCCUGCCCUGCUUCCUCAGAUCCAAACAGAACACCAGCUUCUCUAAUCAUGUGCUGUGCCUGUGAUGCAGGUUUGAGCCAACCAUCGCUAACCCACGCUCAUUCUUUGCGCGGGUAUCUGUCUAGCGCCUUCUAGUGCUGUCCUUGUCCUCCUUACCCUGGUCCCAACAGUUAACUUUAAUAAAGUGAAAAGU